AUGUUUUCCCGAUGGUCCUCUACAUCUAAAGCCGUUCAACUUCAAGUUCUGCCGGCAAUAUACCCAUCAGGCGCUAACAUCGAGGGAGAGGUAGCUAUCAAUCUUCGUCAUGCACAUGAAGAGGAAAUAGACAAGGUCGAGAUCCGCUUCUGUGGCUAUGCAAACACAUGGAUCAAGCUCGGUAAUAACAGCACCCACGAUUACAAGGAACUCGUGCGCGAAACCACCACACUGUGGACACGUGGAUCCGGAGUCUACUCCCAACCAGGCUCCGAUAUUCUCUCCGUGCCCUUCUCAUUCACGCUUCCCGACAAGCUCCCGCCCUCCUUUCAUGCCGAGGCCAUGGGAUACAGCGUCUCGGUCCGCUACUCUAUCACUGCGGUCGGGGUACGCAAGGGACGAAUGAAUGUCAACAAACAGCAUUGCGUCCCGUUGACAGUCGUCCCAAAGGAUGACAUCGGGGUCUCGUUAAAGCGGGAGAGCGCAACACACGGGUGGAAGACCUUCUCCAAUGAGCAGCGCAUCCGUAAAGGUUUCUGGGGCGACUACUCCAAGGUUCUCGUCGAGCUCAAAAUACCGAGCAUCCCUGUCUUUCCUCUCUCCUCCACGAUCCCGUACACCAUUAUCGUCACAACGACCUCCCCGCCGCUCUCCCCCGCCCAGGCUGCAGCACUCCCUCCUGGAAAACUCGUUUUCCCACCCAUCCCCACCUCCCCCGACGCGCUGGACUUCACGCUAGGUCGCCGUCUGUAUGCGCGCGCGACGGGCACAACAACUCAGUCGUACACCGACAUCGCCGCCUUCCUGGGGCCAAGAGCGAAGGCGGCGGCGGCGGCCACUGGCAAGCCGCGGCCCCCAGUCGACAGCGCCAUCGACGACGGCAAGUGGGUCGCCACCGACACGCCCGACGCGGAAAAGGGCACGAGGAAGGACGAGGAUCGUGCCGAUCGGCAGAUGGGGACGUGGGUGCAGCGCGCGGUGUUCGAGUCGACUUUCACGCUCGACUGUCCACCGUCGUUCGUGCUGUCGGACUUCAUCAAGUGCGCGUACGACCUCGUGGUGAACGUGCCAUUCCCUGGGGUAGGUAACACACUCAGGUUGGAGGCGUCAGUGGUGGUCACCUCAGGAGUUGAGACGACGGUGCCGCACGACGUAUCUGCCCCCGGCUACGUUGUUGCGGAAGCUUUGACGCUGGAUCUUCCGCCGGCCUACUGGGACACGAGCAGCAGCGGAUGGGACACGAGCAAAAAGGUCUCCGAGUGA